AUGGAGGACAAUGAAUAUUCAGGAUAUUGGGAGCCUUCUCAUAAGCGUUCCUGCUGUGCAAGAAGGGGGACACAGCUCGUGCUGGUGGGGUUGCUGAGUACAGCAAUGUGGGCUGCCGUGCUGACCCUGCUUCUUCUGUGGCACUGGGAAACGGAGAAGAAUCUGAAACAGCUGGGAGCUGCCGCCGUACAGAAUGUCUCUCAUGUUUCCCAGGACUUACAAAGAUACCAGAGUAAUCAGUUGGCCCAGAAAUCCCAGGCUGCUCGGAUGUCACAAAGCAUGCAAGAGCUCCAAACAGAACAGAAGCAAAUGAAAACUCAGGAUUCUGAACUCUCCCAGAACCUGAACAGACUCCAGGAGGAUCUAACCAAUAUCAAAUCCCAGAACUCUGAGCUCUCCCAGAACCUGAACAGACUCCUAGAGGAUCUAAUCAACAUCAAAUCCCAGAGCUUGAAUGAGAAGCGUACAGCCUCAGAUUCUCUGGAGAAACUCCAGGAAGAGGUGGCAAAGCUGAGGAUAGAGAUGCUACUAUCAAAGGGAGUUACAUGCAGCACGUGUCCCAAAAACUGGCUCCAUUUCCAACAGAAGUGCUACUAUUUUGGCAAUGACUCCAAGCGAUGGAUCCAGGCCCGAUUCACCUGCAGUGACCUAAAAGGGCGGCUAGUCAGCAUUCACAGCCAAGAGGAGCAGGACUUCCUGAUGAAACACACCAACAAGGAUUCCUGGAUUGGCCUCCGGGAUCUCAAUGUGGAGGGAGAGUUCAUAUGGAUGGAUGGAAGCCCAGUGGGCUACAGCAACUGGAGUCCCGGGGAGCCCAACAACGCAGGGCAGGGUGAGGACUGCGUAAUGAUGCGGGGAUCCGGCCAGUGGAACGAUGCCUUCUGUCACAGCUUCCUGGAAGGCUGGGUGUGUGAGCAGCUGGCCACAUGCGAGGAUUCUGCCCCUUUAGCCUCUGAGCGUCCAACAGGACCCACUACUCCAAAAACCGAACCCUGACAAACCUCUGCCCACUCUUCUGGAUGUCUCUCCCAUCAUGGAAAGCGCCAGGCCCUGGGGACCCCCUGUCAAGGCCUGGACCCCUCUAUGUGACUGGAGGCCUUCAUGAUUAUGCUCCCAUCCAUACUGAAGCAACUGGUAGAUGCCAGCUCCCCACAAAGCUUCUACUGCUGACCUAAGCUGACCAUCCCAUUCCCUCUGCCUUCCUCGACCACAGCCCAGCCAUGCAGCAUGUAUGUGGGUGGCUGAACUAUCCAGGGAGCUGAGGACAGAUUUCUCAGGAGGCUUCCUACCCCUCCUAUCACGUUUUCCCCUUCUUCCCACUCUCUGCGACACAGACCGGAGGUCCCUCUCCCCAGGGUCUGGGAGUGAAUGCUCCCACCAAGCUUGAAUCAUCAGUGAAAAAGAUCAUGGCUGGUCCCCAGCAUUCCUCCCCUCCUUGGAGGCUGUGUCCAGUG